AUGCAAAAUACUUUGCAUGAUUUGAUCGUGUUUUCUCGAGGUUGGUCGUUGCACUUGACUACGGAGGACGCGCUGGCGUUCUUCACGCAUACUACGAAUGGGACCCCCGAAGUCUCUGGCCUGUCCUCACUGUCGGAUAUCAAACAUAUCUCCGAGCCAGUCAAGGGUCUUUCGGGCUUGGACCGAACACCUAUCGUGACUUUGAAAAGUAGCAUUAGUGGAUCUGAGUCGGAUUACCCAACAGAACAGACCCCAUUUACGCUCGAAGAACACCCAGUCGAUGAAGUGAGAUCGAUUAAAGUGGGCAUCAUCGGCGCUGGCAUCGCGGGGAUCACGGCGGGCGUGUUACUGCCAGCAAAGCUUCCGGGACUGGACCUUCGAAUCUACGACAAGAAUUCAGAUGUGGGAGGAACAUGGUUCGAAAAUACCUACCCCGGCGUGCGAUGUGAUAUACCUGCCCAUGUAUACCAGUCUGGCUUCGCGCCCAACACCCAAUGGACCGAAGAAUUCGCCCAGGGAGCAGAGAUCAGAGACUACUGGCAGGGUGUGGCGCGGAAACAUAAUGUGUACCAAUACCUUCGGCCACAACAACAAGUACAAAGAGCAGAAUGGCUGGCCGACGAGGGCAAAUGGAAAAUUGCUAUUGAGCACGUCGACGGCUCCAACAAGGUUUACGAAGAGAAACUAGAUGUUUUCAUCAACGCCAUAGGCCACUUCAACGCCUGGAAAUUGCCCGACUAUCCAGGAAUCAAUGAUUACAAGGGAACACUUUUCCACUCCUCUAACUGGAACCACAAUCUGAACUUACAAGGGAAACGAAUUGCCCUCAUUGGGAAUGGCGCAUCCGGCUUACAAGUGCUUCCCUCUAUCCAACCAAUUGCCAGCCAUGUCGACCACUAUGCGCGGAACCCAACAUGGAUCGCAGAAUCGUUCAGCAGCGGUAACGUAGGAGUGCGUCGGCUAGAGCCGAAUCUAUUCUCAGAGUCACAGUUGGAAUCAUUCAAAGAUCCACAAGCAUACCUGGAAUAUCGCAAGGGCGUUGAGAAGGGCUAUUUUCAGCGGUUCGGGGCAAUUUUCAAAGACUCGCCCGAGAACCGGACGCUGCACGGCAAAUGGACGGAUCUAAUGCUGCAGCGUGUCUCGGACAAGCCAGAGCUGGGAGACAAAAUCCUCCCUGAUUUCCCACCCAACUGUCGUCGUCCGACGCCUGGUCCGGGGUAUCUAGAAGCACUCACCAAGGACAAUGUCAGUUAUAUCCGGACGCGCAUCCAGCGCUUCACUGAGAAGGGCAUCGUGACCGAAGACGGCGUGGAGCGAGAAGCAGACAUAAUAAUUUGCUCGACGGGCGCCAACGUCGACCAUGCGCCUCCAUUCUCAAUCAUCGCAAACGGAAUCGACCUCAAAAGUGCCUGGAAGAAAGAUGGAGUGUUUGGCUUCCCCUACUCCUACCUGGGAUUCGCAACCCCGGGCUUCCCCAAUCUUCUCUGGCUCGGCGGUCCCUACUCCUCUGGACACAGCGGCACCGUGCCCAACAGCCUCGAAAACCAAGUCACAUAUAUUGCCAAGGUUUUGCGCAAGAUCCGCACACAGGGUAUCAAGGCUAUUGCGCCGUCCAAGCAGGCAGCCGACGACUUCGUCGAAUACUGUGACCAGUUCUAUCCACGCACCGUAUGGUCGGCUAACUGUAGCUCUUGGUACAACGGCGGUCGUCCAGGCGCCCGUAUUCACGGCCUCUUCCCUGGUAGUGCCUCCCAUGCGAACUAUAUCCGGCGCGAUCCUCGUUGGGAGGAUUGGGAGUACACCUAUAUCAACCCCAGCGGCAAUCGAUUUGCAUACUUUGGGAAUGGCUGGACUUUGAAGGAGCUGACUCCGGAUGCCUAUCUGACUCCCCAUCUCAGACUGCCCGAGGAGAUUGAUUUGAAGUCUUAUAUGGAGGGUUGGUCGGAUGUUUGA